AUGUUGCUGAAUUCAUCCACGUCGAAAUCUAAUCUCAUGGAGCCUUGUUGUGAUUGUUGUGUUGUCAUUGUGGUUCCAGGAAAUAUGAGCAAGAGGUGGAUACAGAACCCGAAUAGAUGCGCAGACGAAUACUUGGAUGGAAUCGAGGAUUUUAUUGAGUUUGCACGUACACACAACCCAAGUGCAACUAGAAUCCGUUGA